CUAUCGAUUUUCACGUCUCAUUUUCCCAAGUUUGCGUUCGCAACAACGGCAAAGAUUACAUGCCGCACAAGAGAAACAAAUUCGUUGUCGUGCGGCGUAUUGUGCGUCGGUGAGCGGGUGCAGCAGUCAAUUUAUUUUAAUUUCCAAUUAAACUGAACGGCCAUCGCAUCGGCGUGGAAGUUUCAGGACGAACCGGACAAUCGUGCGCGUUCGUGCUUCUACGCGUUUGUCUUUUCAGUGUUUUGAUUUUUUGGGACACAGUCAAGAAACUUGGGUUCUGUGUUCAAUCCCGGCUUUAGUUGGUGAUAAGUGUGGAAUCUACGUGAUUCGUUGUAGUUAAAAUUUUUGUUGCACACAACAAACCGGCAUCAUGGGCGGUUUUGCCUGGGUGACUUUGGCCACAAAUGACUCCUAUUCACUGGGUGCCUUGAUAUUGGCGCACUCCCUCAAACAAGUAGGAACCAGCCAACAGUUGGCCGUUCUAGUAACACCCGGCGUUACAAACGCCAUGAGAGAUAAACUUAGGUCCGUAUUCGACUUGGUACAAGAAGUGAACAUUUUGGAUUCGAAGGAUGAGGCGAACUUAAGACUGUUGAAAAGGCCGGAAUUAGGUGUAACCUUCACCAAACUACAUUGCUGGCGUCUCACGCAGUUCGAUAAAUGUGUAUUUUUGGAUGCAGACACAUUGGUCCUGCAAAAUUGCGAUGAACUCUUCGAAAGGGAGGAGCUGUCUGCGGCUCCCGAUGUCGGAUGGCCGGAUUGUUUCAACUCCGGCGUCUUUGUGUAUCGUCCAUCCAACGAAACGUACGAGAAACUCGUGCAGUUUGCGUUAGAAAAAGGAAGUUUCGAUGGUGGCGACCAAGGUCUUUUAAAUUUGUACUUCUCUGACUGGGCCCAUAAAGAUAUUAGCAAACAUUUACCCUUCAUCUAUAAUAUGUGCUCCACAGCAUGUUAUUCCUAUUUACCUGCCUUUAAACAAUUUGGAGGCAAUGCAAAAAUUAUUCACUUCAUUGGCCCUGCUAAACCUUGGUUGCAAUACUUCGACUCCGAAACAAGAACUGUGUCGCCUUCUGGAGGUUUGCAACAUUUACAACACGUAUUACAAAGAUGGUGGGACAUUUUCUGCGAAAAGAUCCAUCCGACCUUAUCACGAGAAAUGGCUCCAAGACAAAGAAAGCAAAGUAGUUCGAUUAUUCCGAAUUCCCCCUCUCCCAAGAAUCCCGAAAUCCAUGACUUCUCUUCACCAGACGAUUACCAAAACGUCUGGGAUCCAUGGGAUGAAUACGAUAAUCGACAAGCCGGAAAUGUUUCAGUUGAUUUUCAUAAUCAACAAUUAGUAAUGGAACAUAUCAGUCAAUCAAUAUUAGAAAGCAAUUCUAAAUCAAAAAUUAAUACGGAACAGUCUGUAAACAUUAAAGAAUCUGAGGAAACUAAUUUUCCUAAACAGUACCAUCAAGAGCAUAAUGCACAUCAACCCGAAAUCAUUCCAUCAUAUCAAAAUCCGGAGCCUUCAGCACCAUAUCAUCUAGAAACAGUAUCAGAAAGUCAUAAUCAGUCUCGUCAAGAAUCAUUUUCAGAAUCUCAUAAUACAAGCGCCGAUCAUUCUUUCCAUGUAGACAAUUCAAAUGUAAAAGUCGAUGUACAAAUUGAGUCAAUAGAUAUUCAUCCCAGUCCUCCUGUAAUCGAAAAAACAGAUCCUGUAUCACCAGAUAUUACCAUUCCCCCUUCACCCCUUCCUUCCAAUGAAUUCGACACUACUACGCCAGUAGGCAAUGAGACCAAUUUGCACACUGAACUAACCGAGGAAAAGACUGACGCUGGCUUAGCUGGUGCCUUUGCCCAACUGACCCUGGGCGUUCCGAGAACUGCAGAACAAAUGGCACUUGAAGACCAUUUAAGAAGACAGGGCUGGGAAGUGGGAAACAUCGACUAUUUGGGUCGCGACUCGUUUGACAAUAUCUGGAGCAAGAUCUGCGAAACGUUGGGCAGCGCUCCGGAACCAAAGAGAGAUGAGCCGAAAGAAGCUUCGGAAUUACCAAAAUCAAAGGCUGAUGAAACGACUAAAUCGAAAGAGCCGACUUCACCUACAUCAAGUGAAGUUCAGUCUCCACAGACUCCAAGUGAAGAAGUUGUAACUGAAAAAUCUGAACCAGCAUCUGAAACAAAGCUAAUCGAACAAACAGCAGUACUACCAACUACACAGGUUGUACCAGCUACUCCUACAACUCCAACAGAACCUGAAAUUUGUCCUAUAAAAGCUCCCGAAGUCGAUACAGUUCCUGCACCUUUACCCGCGUCAGUAGAAACUCCUCCUCCACCUCAACCUGAAGUUUGUCCACUAAUUCCUAAAUCUGAAGUAAUAACUACACCUUCUGAAGAACCACCUCUUCCCAAAGUUCCAGAAACCGAAGCUCCAGUGUGUCCCUUGGCUCCUAAGCCAUCUGAAGAACAACCUGUUCCCAAAUCUCCAGAAACAGAAACUCCAGCGUGCCCCUUGGCUCCCAAGCCAUCUGAGCCGACAGAUCAAGCAUGCCCCUUAACUCCAAAACUCGAAGAACCCAGUAAAACCGAGCCCCCAAAAGCUGCUGAUAGUGCUCCUCUUCCCGAGACUUUGCCUAGCCCAAAAAUCCCAGAAAGUCCCGUACUUCCAAAAAGUGAAGCUUCAGAAGAGCCUAAGCUGCCACCAGCGGAAUGUAGCUUGCCUGAAACAGCGACUGCUCCGGGUGAACCGUCUGAAACUUUAACCGAGUGUCCACUAACUCCAGAUCCUUCUGGGCAAAAAGAGCUCAUCCUACAGUCUCCUGUAGAAACUCCCGUUGUUCCAGAAACCCCAAAGACACCAACCGAAGCUCCCAAGGCGGCAGCCCCAGAACCAAAACCCGAACCGCCGAAGACCGCGGCCCCCGAACCACCAAAGGCGGCCGCACCAGAACCCAAACCAGAAUCUCCCAAGGCGGCGGAACCUAAACCUGAACCACCCAAGGCGGCGGAACCUAAACCCGAACCACCCAAGGCGGCGGAACCAAAAGCCGAGCCACCCAAGGCGGCUCCGAAGGAAGAAGCGAGCUCGACCACUGAAACAACUCCCACCCCUACUCCACCUCCACGUAAGGGCAGUGGUCCAAAGAAAGUCACCAAGCCAAAGAAGUAAACUUUGGAUGACUUCAACCUUUUUCAUUUAUAUUGUAUUAUCCGAGUGAUUUCUACACGACAUUAAAACCCGUUUCUUUUUUAAUAAAUUGUUUAAUUUAUAUUACUAAUUUAAAGUGUCGAGUUUGUUUGUUUAAUAAAAUUAUAAUUUUA